AUGGAUAUGAUUCAGCGCAUUCGGCCGUUUAGUUUCGUUGCGGAUAGGUCUCAGCUACCUACAGCAUGGCAAAAGUGGAAGCGUGAAUUACAGAGAUAUUUUGAUGCAAGCGGAGUGAUCUCUCAGUGGGAAAAGCGUUCCCAAAUGCUUCAUUUGGCUGGUUCAGAGGUUCAAGAAGUAUUCGACCAUUUGCCUGGCGUUGAUGACUUUCCUCUCGUCCUAGCUGAUCCUCCGUAUUACGAUGUUGCGAUUCAACGUCUUGAUGAGCACUUCGAACCAAUGCGUAGAAGGAACUACGAACGUCAUUUAUUCCGUCAAAUUGUUCAAAAUUCAAAUGAAAGAUUUGCCGAUUUCAUUCUGCGGUUGCGUAUUCAAGCAAAACGUUGCGAGUUCGAUCGGUACGAUGCUCGAGAGUGUAAUGAUAGAAUCAUCGAGCAAAUCGUGGAAGGUUGUAAGUCUUCGGAGUUACGACGUCAGAUUUUGGUCAAGGAUAUGGUCUUGGAUGAUAUAGUGGCACUAGGAUCUACGCUGGCAGAUGUCCAACAGCAAGUAAAGGAGCUUGAUCGAAAUCCUGUUGCUUUCGAACCGAACUUGAAUAAGGUUUCAACGCGUAUGACCACACAUUUUGCGCCAAGGAAUGAUCGUUUCGACCAGGGUUUCCGCAGGUCAGCUCAAGGGUCAGCUAGAGGAACCGUUGGAUCUUGUUUUUCGUGUGGUCUGAAAGGUCACUGGAAAGGAGAUGACAACUGCCGUGCAAGGAAUGCAAAAUGUGUGAAAUGUAAGGGUACGGGUCAUUUCGCAAAUCGAUGUUUGAAACGUCAGAGCAACAGCCAAGUCAGUUACAAAGCGAAAAGAGUUCGUUUGAUCGAGGAAGACAAAUUAGAUCAACCUAUGGAAGAGAUAUUCUAUGCGAUGGGGAAUAAUACGUUUGAGUUUGUAGUAGGUGGAGUUAAAGUUCCAAUGAUCAUCGACUCCGGAGCAGAUGCGAACGUUAUAACGGAAGAUACGUGGGCUCAGGCAAAUCGUGAUGGCCUUGAGGUUCUGGAAUACAGUCAGUCAGUCGAUCGUAGGUUGAUUGCUUAUGCUUCUACCAAGCCGAUGGAAAUUUGUGGAAUGUUUCGAGCAAUUAUUUGUGCCGGUCAAAAUCAGGUGGACGCAAAGCUCUACAUCGUGAAACAGGGACAACGAAAUCUGCUUGGAGACAAAACAGCGAAACAGUUGGAAGUAUUGAAGGUUGGUUUCGAUAUUGCGUCCAUUUCGAGCUCUGAAUCAACAUGUUUUCCUAAAAUGAAAGGAAUAGUUGUUGAAAUUCCCAUCAACGAAUCCAUUCAGCCCGUACAGCAAGGGUACAGACGAGCUCCUAUCGCACUAGAAGGAAAGAUUCAUGACAAACUCAAAUCUCUACUGGACAAGGACAUAAUCGAGAAGGUUAGCGGACCGUCAGCGUGGGUUUCUCCGAUGGUGCCAGUUUUGAAAGGAUCCGGUGAAGUUAGAAUCUGUGUGGACAUGAGACGUGCUAACCAGGCGGUUCUUCGCGAAUCACAUCCCCUGCCAUUGAUUGAAGAAGUUUUGGGAAGUCUCGGCGGUGCCACAAAAUUUUCAAAACUUGACAUUAAGGAGGCGUAUCAUCAGCUCGAAUUGUCCGAAAAAUCACGAAAAAUUACUACUUUUAUUACAAAAUACGGCCUAUUCAGGUAAUUGUUCAUUGUUUCUAUUUUGUAUUGACAAUGUGAAUGUUUAAAAUAUAAUCACAAACAAUCUGAUUUUGCAUGAUCAUGUUUUAGAUACAAGAGACUGAUGUUCGGAAUUUGU